UAAAAUUUUGGCAAACCGAAUACAAGUAUUCCUUAUUUGUGAGGCACCCACUGAGCAAGUCUUACAAAGAUCACCGUUAUCUUUAAUACGGUUUAGUAUUAUUAUCACCGACCUAUACAGAGCAGCUGGGCGACACCCAACCGUCCGCUGUGUGAAAUUGUUCCGUCUUGACAGCCUCACGGAACUAUCGCACCGUCAGCUCGUGUUUCCAGCCGGAGUCUCGGCAGCGGGAGCCGGAAAGGUAUCAUCAUGGCGUUCAAUUUCGGCGGCACAGGCGCUUCUACAACCACUGGCGCCACUCCUUUUACAUUUGGCUCAUUUGCUGCUAAAACAACAGCAUCAACUGGUUUUGGCUUUGGCUCAACUACCACAACAGCCCCUUCUGGAUUUGGCAGUCUUGCUGCACCAGGCUUUGGAACCACAACUACAGCCUCAUCAACAGGUUUUGGAUUUGGAGGAGCAGGAACAGGAUUUGGCGGCUUGGGUACAACUAACACCACUGCUGGUGGGUUUAAUUUUGGGGGUUUCGGAUUAAAUUCUAAUGCAGCAGCUGUCAGCUUUAAUAUUGGAAACUUUGGUGCCCCCACAACUGCAGCUACUGUUUUCAAUUUUGGUAAUAGCCUGGCUAGUGCAGGUACAUUUGGGGGUUUUGGAGCAGCUACGACGACCACUGCUCCAGGGUCUGCUUUCAGUUUCACCACUCCCUCCAGCACAGGAGGACUUUUUAGCAGUACUCAGAACAAAAGUGGCUUUUCUAGUUUUGGUGCUGGAGCAAAUACUGGUACUGGCAUUACUGGUUUAGGAUUUGGAAGCUUUAGCACACAGCCACAGCAACAGGCUUCAGGUGGACUUUUUGGACAACCUGCACAGCCCCCUGUUCAGACCAAUCAGCUUUACAACACUGCCAGUGCCUUGUCAGCCCCAACUCUUCUAGGUGAUGAGCGUGAUGCUAUUUUGGCUAAAUGGAAUCAGUUACAAGCUUUCUGGGGAACAGGCAAAGGUUAUUUCCAUAAUAACCUUGCACCAGUGGAGUUUCCACAGGAAAAUCCUUUCUGUAGAUUUAAGGCUGUUGGAUAUAAUUGCAUGUCAGACAGCAAAGAUGAAGAUGGCCUUGUUGUUUUGAUCUUCAAUAAGAAAGAAGCAGAUGUAAGGAAUCAACAACAGCAACUUGUUGAGUCUCUUCAUAAAGUACUUGGGGGAAGCCAGACUGUGACUGUUAAUGUUGAAGGAGUUAAGACAUUGCCAGAUGACCAGACAGAAGUUAUUAUUUAUGCUGUAGAUCGUUCCCCAAAUGGAACUUCAAAGAGAAUUCUAUCAACCAUGCUUUUCAAUUAUUUGGAGCAAGCAAACGUAAAGCAGCAGCUACAGCAGCUGGGAGUGAUGCUUACCAUGACCAAAAUAGCACUCUCCCCAACACAGGUAAAACAGCUUCUGCAAAACCCACUUGCAGGCGUUGAUCCAAUUAUAUGGGAGCAGGCCAAAGUGGACAACCCGGAUCCAGAAAAGUUAAUUCCAGUGCCAAUGGUGGGAUUUAAAGAAUUACUUAGAAGGCUGAAAAUUCAAGAACAAAUGACUAAACAGCACCAAACGAGGGUAGAUAUAAUAUCUGAUGAUAUUAGUGAGCUUCAGAAGAACCAGGCCACAACAGUAGCAAAGAUUGCCCAGUACAAAAGGAAUCUAAUGGAUCUGUCUCAUAGAGCCUUACAGGUAUUGAUUAAACAAGAAAUACAAAGAAAACGUGGCUAUGCCAUACAGGUUGAUGAAGAACAUUUGAGAGUUCAGCUGGACACAAUACAAUGUGAGCUCAAUGCCCCAACCCAGUUCAAGGGCCGUCUUAAUGAACUUAUGUCCCAGAUAAGAAUGCAGAAUCACUUUGGAACUGUGCGCUCCGAAGAACGUUAUAAUAUUGAUGGUGAUCUCCUACGAGAAAUUAAACAGCAUCUAAAGCUGCAGCAGGAAGGAAUAAGCCAUUUGAUAAGUGUCAUUAAGGAUGACCUGGAAGAUAUAAAGCUGAUAGAAAAUGGGCUUCAAGACAGUGGGCACAUGAGAGGAGGAAUAUUUAGCUGACAGCAACAUCGAGCAUUGGUGGCUUUUUUUGGGUGACUUGCUUAGGGACAAAGGCUGUUAAAAAUGUGUACUUAUAGUACCUUGUGACUGGCAAUUUUUUUAGUGUCAAUGUGUUUUACCAUGUAGUAUUUCAUGUUAAUUGUGUGUGUCAGAAUGAUUGAAGCCAAGAGAUUGUAAGGACAUGUUUCCAAUAUAUCAAAGCCCUGCAUCGGCCUCUGGCAAUAAUUGAUCAAUUGAACAGGGACAAAUAAUCCUACAUAUUAUAACCAUUACUAAGUACAUCAGUCUUUAAAAACAAAAAGGAAUUCCACAAAAGUAGUAUUAAAAAUAUUUCUGAGUUACACUGAACAUUUUCAAAGUGUUUCUUUUGGGCAAACAAAAUCAAUAAGAUGAUUUUCUCUAAAUCUUAUUUGCCAGUACCAAGGUAUAUUUGUCUUCACACAAGAAACAAUCAGUCUUGGGGUAAAAACUUUAAAACAUGAUCAAAAAAAAUUGUAAAUAAUGUUUUUAAAAAAUGCUCUGAAAUAAAAAGCAGAAAAUAAAAUUUGUUUAUUGAA